AUGAGCGAAUUAUAUUUGAACUCUUUGAUGUUAUUCUGGCCAGGUACAUCAGAUCUUGAUGUGUUAAAAAUAUUUUCAGAAGAAAUUAAUCCAUCAUUUAUCUGGAGAAAAAAUGUCAAAGCUGAAAAAAAUUUAAUAGAGUCAUUGGAAAAAUUGAUAGAAUUUGAUCUUGAUGAUGAUGAAAGUGGAUUUAUUGAUAUAAAUAGAGACCCACAAUAA